CAAAAAUUGUUUGUCACUUUUCGUGUGUGUUGAGUCGUGAUUUUCAUAUUUUCAAUUAUAAAAUAAAUCGGCUAAGUUUAAUAAAAUGGCUUUAGAAGCUGUGUGUGGUAUUAAUCAAUUUGUUGAUUUUAACAGAAGACUUGGUGAUAAUGAAGAUUUAUACAAAGAAGUAACUAAAUAUACAUCUAAUUUUAUAAAUAAUUUGGAUAUUGCAUUACCACCAUUCCCGAACCCGGCUGAAAAUUUAUUACAUUUUUCAAAAGAUGAAUCAGGACGUGAAAUAAAAAUUCAAUUUGAUCAUGGUACUACCACUUUAGGAUUCUUAUAUCAAGGUGGUGUAGUUUUAUGUGUUGAUUCAAGAGCAACAGGAGGUUCUUUUAUUGGAUCCCAGACAAUGAAAAAGAUUGUCGAAAUUAAUGAUUAUCUUUUGGGAACACUUGCUGGAGGUGCUGCUGAUUGUGUUUAUUGGGAUCGUGUUUUAGCCAAACAAUGCCGCAUGUAUGAACUAAGAAAUCGGGAACGUAUUUCUGUAGCUGCUGCAUCUAAACUAAUGGCCAACAUGGUUUAUAACUAUAAAGGAAUGGGUUUAUCAAUGGGUAUGAUGCUUGCUGGUUGGGAUAAACGAGGACCUGGGUUAUAUUAUGUGGAUUCAGAAGGUACACGAACACCUGGAAAAGUGUUCAGUGUUGGAUCAGGAUCCGUUUACGCAUUUGGUGUUUUGGAUACUGGUUAUAAAUGGGAUUUGACUGAUGAAGAGGCGUAUGAGCUUGGCCGACGUGCUAUUUACCAUGCGACUCAUCGUGAUGCGUUCAGUGGUGGUAUUAUUCGAGUGUAUCAUAUGAAGAGUACAGGUUGGGUCCAUAUUUCUAACCAAGAUUGCAUGGAUCUUCAUUAUCAAUAUCAAGAAGAAAAGGGAAUUAAACUUGAUGAAAUCAAUAUUGUGUAAUUAUCUUUUUAUAUUUGUCUAAUUAUUUUUAAUAA